AUGGCUUCUUCACCUUUGAAUCAAAAAUCCAAUUUUCAUGCUUGUUCAAACAGCUUGCCUUCUAGGCGUCAUCCACUUAUUCCUCAAAUAGAUGAGCAUAUCUAUAGGCUAAAGUCCAAUGAAGCAGCCUCUUCAUCAUCUUCGUCAAUCGGACAAAAACUAAGUGGCCUUAGAGAUCUGUAUGAGUUGUUUGAUAGUUUGCUUCAAUUGCCUCUCUCACAAAACUCCUUUGCCCAACAAUGCAAUGAUAAACAGGUUAACGAGCUGUUGAAUGGGUCUCUCAGGCUCUUGGAUGUAUGUGGUUUGGCCAAGGAUGCUUUAAUGCGGGCCAAGGAAGAUACCCAAGAACUCCAAUCAAUUUUGGGAAGAAGAAGAGGAGAUGAAGCUGGGUUCACAGAUGAAGCUAAGGCAUACUUAGCUUCAAGGAAGAAAGCAAAGAAGUUAAUAAACAAGUCUUUGAGAGAUUUGAAGAGUAAAUGUGACUUAGAAAAUGAAGUUGAAGUUACAAUUAGGAUUGGCACAAAGAUGCAACCAAAAUCUUCCAAAUGGUCUUUCUUGUCCAAGUUGAUGCACUCCAAACGCGUGACAUGCGGGGGGGAAGCAACAGGAACCAACGAAUUUGAGAAAGUGGAUGCUGUUUUUGGCGCUCUCAUUGGUCACCAGAAUAGAAAAUCUAGUUACAUGAGCACUGAGAAUGCACAAAUUGAGUUGCAGAAACUGGCGUCAAGCAUUCAAGAUCUUGAAGAUGGAGUGGAAUUAACUUCAUCUACUUCAUUCUCCCUCUUCGUCUUCAUCAAUAUGCCACAAACUAAGUGCUCCGCAGUCAAAAUGCUAGAAGGGAAACUUAGGCAUCAGGACGAAUUGUUGAACAUAACUCAUCAGAUAAGCAGACAAAUUUCCAUGAUAUAUAUAUAUAUAUAUCAGCAGCUUACCUUGUAG